AUGAAUGUGACUCCUGGCAGCUGUACGGCAGAGAUGCCGUACCGAUACCAACCCCAUAUGAAGGGGCUUUACAUCGCCACUGAGCUCAUCAUCGCAGUGCUGGCCAUCAUUGGCAACUUCCUGGUCUGUCUGGCUGUCACCCGGAACAAGAAACUUCGCACUGUCACCAACUACUUCCUGGUAUCAUUGGCAGUGGCGGAUAUCCUGGUGGGCUUGGUGGCCAUUCCCUGUGCAGUGCUGACAGACCUGGGUCGACCUCAUCAUAACCUGCCCCUCUGCCUGGUACUGAUCAGCAUCCUGAUGGUGCUCACACAGAGCUCCAUCCUGAGUCUGUUAGCAGUAGCAGCUGAGCGUUACAUGGCCAUCCUUCUGCCCUUCCAGUACCAACGCGUCAUGAGCCCCAGGAACGCCCAGCUGGCCCUGCUUGUCACCUGGGUCCUGGGAGCCAUCUCCGGCUCUGUGCCGCUCAUGGACUGGAAGAGACAACCAGCAGACUUUGACUACUGCAUCUUCACUUGUGUGGUGGACAUGAACUACAUGGUGUACUUUAACUUCUUCUGCUGCCUCAUGGUGCCGCUGGUGGCCAUGUUCAUCAUCUACGGCCACAUCUUCCUCACCGUCCGCCGCCAGCUUAGAUGCAUCGCUGUGGCCAGGGGAACAGCAAACGACACAAGAGGCGCAAGCAGUGGGAGCACUGGGACAGAAGACACCGGAAGCUCUUUUGCUGGGAGAACCACGGGAGGUGGAGCAGAGAUCGGAACAGGCAGACAAGCCAAGGAAAAGGCUGGAAAAUGUGAGGGUGAAGUGAGGGCUGGGGGAAAUGUAGAUUCUGGCAUUGGGUCUCUUAUUGAAACCGAGACCACCGCUGUCUUUACAAAACCAGGGUUCAGGAUCGCUUCAGCUGGAUCUACCAGCUCCGGCUCUGCUCCUGCUGACCCCCCUUCAGGGGAGUCCAACGAGGCCAAAUCCAACCUUCACACCCGUCAGGAGAUACGUAAGGCAACCUCCCUCUUCUUGGUCCUGUUUCUCUUCAUGGUGUGUUGGAUGCCCAUCCACCUCAUCAACUGCGUUCUACUGCUCUGCCCAAAGUGUGACGUGCCCAUGUCGCUCACACUAGCAGCCAUUUUGCUUUCCCACACCAACUCAGCCCUCAACCCGAUCCUGUAUGCGUACAGGAUGAGGUCCUUCCGAUACACUUUGAUAGGAAUGUGGAGAGGAAUGUGGAGCAUUGGGCACAAACGUCAGUAG